AAGUGUUACCUUGCAUUAAUUAUAAUUAAAAUCAUUUAUGUGGCAAUCAAUUCUACGUAUAAAAGGCUAUUGACAUCGUCUACAGUAUCAAUCAUGUUCUACAUUCGGUUCGCGUGUCUGCUUCUAAGUGUUUGCCUGAGCGGGGCACAAUGGGUGCACCCAGCCAGCGCAUCACACAAAUCGAAGCCAGCAGAAAACCGGUACGAAUCUUGCAGCGUGGCACUCGAAGACCUGGACAACUUACAGAGACUUCUUAAAGCGCAUGAUGUCGACGACAGCAAACAAUUAUACGUUACUUCAAAUGGUCAUGGCCUCAGCGACGAAAUUAUUAUAAAGCUAAUUAAUGCUUUCAUAUACACGGCUACACAGAACUGUGGUCCCGCUCGCGCUCCCAGUCGUAGAGACGAGUCGCACGGAGGUGAUAAUGGCACUUUGGAUAGCUUGGAAAGAAGAAUGGGUGGAGGUGGUGCAGGUGGAGGUGUUGGUGUUGGUGGUGGAGUAGGUGUUGGUGGUGGUGUAGGUGGAGGUGUUGGUGUAGGUGGGGGUGGUGGUGUAGGUGGAGGUGGUGGUGUAGGUGGGGGUGUAGGUGUUGGUGGUGGUGUAGGUGGGGGUGGUGGUGUAGGUGGAGGUGUUGGUGGUGGUGUAGGUGUUGGUGUUGGUGGUGGAGUAGGUGGUGGUGGUGGAUAUGGUAUGGCUGGUGGUGUUGGAUAUAGUAACAACGGUGGUGGUGGUGGUGGUGGAUAUGGUGUGGGUGUUGGUGUUGGAUAUGGUAAUGGUGGUGGACAUGGUAAUGGUGGUGGACAUGGUAAUGGUGGUGGGUAUGGUAAUGGUGGUGGACAUGGUAGUGGUGGAGGAUAUGGUAAUGGUGGUGGAUAUGGUAAUGGUGGUGGAUAUGGUAAUGGUGGAGGAUAUGGUAAUGGUGGUGGGUAUGGUAAUGGUGGAGGAUAUGGUAAUGGUGGUGGACAUGGUAAUGGUGGAGGAUAUGGUAAUGGUGGAGGAUAUGGUAAUGGUGGAGGAUAUGGUAAUGGUGGUGGACAUGGUAAUGGUGGAGGAUAUGGUAAUGGUGGAGGAUAUGGUAAUGGUGGUGGGUAUGGUAAUGGUGGAGGAUAUGGUAAUGGUGGUGGACAUGGUAAUGGUGGAGGAUAUGGCAAUGGUGGUGGACAUGGUAAUGGUGGAGGAUAUGGUAAUGGUGGAGGAUAUGGCAAUGGUGGUGGAUAUGGUAAUGGUGGAGGAUAUGGUAAUGGUGGAGGAUAUGGUAAUGGUGGUGGAUAUGGUAAUGGUGGAGGAUAUGGUAAUGGUGGUGGACAUGGUAAUGGUGGUGGACAUGGUAAUGGUGGAGGAUAUGGUAAUGGUGGUGGACAUGGUAGUGGUGAAGGAUAUGGUAAUGGUGGUGGACAUGGUAGUGGUGAAGGAUAUGGUAAUGGUGGUGGACAUGGUAGUGGUGAAGGAUAUGGUAAUGGUGGUGGACAUGGUAGUGGUGAAGGAUAUGGUAAUGGUGGUGGACAUGGUAGUGGUGGAGGAUAUGGUAAUGGUGGUGGACAUGGUAAUGGUGGAGGAUAUGGUAAUGGUGGUGGACAUGGUAGUGGUGGAGGAUAUGGUAAUGGUGAAGGAUAUAUAAGUAUGGGCGGUGGAGGUGGAGUAGGUGGAGGUGUAGGUGGAGGUGGUGGUGUAGGUGGGGGUGUUGGUGGUGGUGUAGGUGUUGGUGGUGGUGUAGGUGGGGGUGUUGGUGGUGGUGUAGGUGUUGGUGGUGGUGUAGGUGGGGGUGGUGGUGUAGGUGGAGGUGGUGGUGUAGGUGGAGGUGUUGGUGGUGGUGUAGGUGGGGGUGUAGGUGGAGGUGUUGGUGUAGGUGGGGGUGUUGGUGGUGGUGUAGGUGUUGGUGUUGGUGGAGGAGUAGGUGGAGGUGGUGGGGGAGUUCCUUAUGCCUUAAGAAGCGUUGCUACAUCUGGAGAACUCGACGACCUAGAACUUGGUGGCGUUGGGUUAGAUGGGGGGAUUGGAGAAGGUUUUGCUAUUACUUCGGAGUAGGUGGGUUAGCUGAGGUCCGUGGCAGUGCGUAGAGUCGAGCUCUAUCAGGUUGCAGCUGGAAGUAUACUGCCACGAACCUGUAAAUUCUAAUUAAAAAAAAUGAUUUUGUAGAAAUAUAGAAUUCAAUGUAAAACAUGUCUUAUUUAAUUGGUUAAAUAUACUUAGUCGACAAUAAAUGAAUUGAAUUAAAUGAAAAUAUGUAGAUAGUAGUUAUGUACUUUUGUUUUGUUAUUGUGAAAAAAAUUAUUAAUAAAAUAUUUGUUUGGAAAUUAAAA